GGGCGGUACAUGUUAGAAGAAGUCUAGACUAGAUAGAACCCUAGCUACAGUACUCUUUAAGCCGGGUAUCUUCCGGUGCGAAGGGUCUCACACUCCCCGGCCGCGGCCAUGGCGCCGCCCCUCGCCUGCGGUCCCGAGGCGCCGCAGUGCCGUCUUCUCCGGGCGGCGGCCGACGGCGACCUCCCGCUCUUCAAGAGGACCGCGAGCUUGCUGGACGGCGGGAAGGGCCGCCUCAGGGAUGCGGUGGAGGCCGUGAAUGUCGGCGGCCGCGCCGGGGCGCUGCACCUCGCCGCGGGCCAUGGCAGGAUGGCGGUGUGCGUGUUCCUGGUCGAGGAGCUCCGCGUGGACGUCAACGCCGCAGACGAGUCAGGCGAUACACCUCUGGCUUAUGCAAUUCGUGCUGGCGCUGUAAACACUUUCCGGUAUCUUCUUGAUCACGAUGCUAAUCCAGAUAAGCCCGCUGGAAAAGGGUCUACGCCUCUCCAUUGGGCUGCUACAGGAGGAAAUUGUGAAAUAGUAAAAGCCUUACUCUCAAAAGGGGCCAAUGUUGACGCAUUGUGUGAGCUUGGGACACCACUGCAUAUGGCUGCUUUUUGGAAGCAGGAUGGUGCUUUGAAGAUUUUGUUGGACCACCAUGCAGAUUGUAACAUGGUAUGCAACACUGUCUAUUCACCUCUUCUUGCGGCUCUCAGUACUGGCUCGCUGAAUUGUGUGAAGCUUCUGAUUAAGGCUGGCGCUGACGUGAAGGGUGUUGGCACUGUGACCCCCUUAAUAAUGGCUGCCAACAAUGGCUUAACUGACUUCUACAAGUGCUUACUGGAGGCUGGUGCAGAUCCUAAUGUUCGUGAUGAUGUUGGUCAGCUUCCAAUAGAAAUUGCUGCAUAUCACAAUAGACGGAAAGAUGUCGAGAUCCUACUUCCAGUAACUUCACGUACUCCAUAUGUGCGAGACUGGAGCGUUGAUGGGAUAAUUCGCUAUGUGAAAUCAAUGCCAUCGGUGGAGGAUGAUCCCAUGUACAAAAUGAAUCCAGCUGAUCUCAAGUUAGAGGGAAGCAAGGCAUACAAGAGAAAAGAUUAUGCUACUGCAUUAGAACUUUACUCUCUGGCAAUACACCACUGCCCUGCUGAUGCAACACUGUUCUCAAAUAGGAGCCUUUGCUCGCUUAAGUUGGGUAAAGGAGACCAAGCUUUGAUGGAUGCUGAACUUUGCAAGAUGAAGCGCCCAGGUUGGGCGAAGGCCUACUACCUGCAAGGAUCUGCUCAAAUGUUACUGAGGGUGCCAUUUUCUGCUACUCAUGAGUGCAUUUGCUUGCUGUGUUAAAUGCUUUUUGAGUGAAGAGGCAAACCUUUAUGAUGUGUGGAGGACUAUGAGAAGGCAUGUGAUGCAUUUCUUGAUGGGCUCAAACUGGAUCCAGCAAAUGUUGAGAUCAAGAACUCAUUACGGGAGGCUGUAAAUUGCUUGAAGACAUCUCGUGCCCCCCAAAAGUUGUAAGAAUUGUCAUCUACUACUCGGGAAAAACUUGCUUAUCACGGGAGCAGCACGACUGAUGCCAGUUCCCUUGGUGUGUGUGCAACGGAGUGUUGAGUUUAAAACUUGACUUGCUCGUGUAAACCUGGGUUCUUUAAUUUUGCUCGAUUAGGCCAUGAGGAAUUACCAUGUUUCUUGUUUGUGUCUACUACGUUUUGCCUAGAAAUGCUGGUCAUCCAUGUGGGUCACGUAACAUGCACUACGUACGACAUUA